GCUGGCCGCUCCCGCAUGACAUCAGGAGCGGGGAGCCAGAGCGCAGGCGCCGGGGAGGGGGAGAGAAGAUACAGGGGGCAGAGCGCGGUGCGCAGCAUCCCCAUCGCUUCGGAGCGACUCCGGCGCGUCCCGGCCCCGCCCGGCCGCUCCCUCCGCCGGCCAGCGAGCCAGGGAAGGCAAGGAGCCUCCUCCCGCCCAGGGACCCCCUCCUGCCCCAUGCCCGGCACCAUGUCUGCGGGGGGAGACUUCGGGAACCCCCUGCGGAAAUUCAAGCUGGUCUUUCUGGGGGAGCAGAGCGUUGGGAAGACAUCCCUGAUCACAAGGUUUAUGUACGACAGUUUUGACAACACGUAUCAGGCAACAAUCGGAAUCGACUUCUUAUCAAAAACCAUGUACUUGGAAGAUCGGACAGUCCGAUUGCAGCUCUGGGACACGGCAGGCCAGGAGAGGUUCCGAAGCCUGAUCCCCAGCUACAUUCGUGACUCCACAGUGGCUGUGGUUGUCUAUGACAUCACAAAUCUCAACUCCUUCCAGCAGACAUCCAAAUGGAUUGAUGAUGUCAGGACAGAAAGGGGAAGUGAUGUCAUCAUUAUGCUAGUGGGCAACAAGACGGACCUCGCAGACAAGAGGCAGAUAACAAUUGAAGAGGGAGAACAGAGAGCCAAAGAACUGAGUGUCAUGUUUAUCGAGACCAGUGCAAAGACAGGCUACAAUGUAAAACAGCUGUUCCGACGUGUUGCAUCUGCCCUGCCCGGCAUGGAGAGCGUUCAAGAGAAGAGCAAAGAAGGAAUGAUUGACAUCAAGUUGGACAAACCACAGGAUCCUCCAGCCAGUGAAGGCGGGUGUUCUUGCUAAUACAGAGCACAGGAUUGGUCAGCUUCAUUUGAUACCACACGCUUGUUGUGUUGCUUCCUAUUGGUUAGCUUCCUAAAGAAACAAAUUGAGUUAUCGGAUGGGGGAGGAUUUUUUUUCUCUCUGUCUCUGGGGAGGGGUGAGUGAAAAUGUUCAGAUUACAUCACUCUUAACAGCUGUUACUGAAACUUGCUAUUUUUUUUGGUUUGGUUGUAAUAUAUUGUACUUUAUUAAAAUUGCCAAAACCAGUUCAACAUUUAAAAAGGAAAGUUUAAAUCAUGUGUAUACAACUUUUUGCCAGAUGAAAAGUAGUGACAUGGUUUUUUUUUGGAAAGAGGUUGGUCUUUUGUUUUUGUAUAUUUGUAAACUUACAGAAAAGCUCCCCAGAAUACUACAGUCUGGUUAGUUUCAGCAUUUGACAUAGAACAUCGCUUGUAGCAAACUAGUCCUUGAUGGGUUAAACAAAACGUUAACGGUACAGUAAAAGAUUUGAUGGUAGAACAAAUCAUGCAGCAAAUAUAUAAAAUAAGUGUGUGAUGUGAUAGCUCUAACUAUAUCUCCAUAUUUAGAUUUAGAGCAGGGGUGGGCAAACGACGGCCCGCAGGCCGGAUCCUGCCCAUGAGCUGUUUUAAGCCGGCCUCCAAGCCACACCACACGGCUCGGCCCUUGCUCCAGCCAGGGUGCUGGGUCGGGGGCUGCACCACGUGGUGUGGCCCUGCUCCAGCGCUCUGGCAGGGGCACAGGGUCGGGGGGCUGCACCACACGGCUCCUGGAAGCCACGGGAUGGCCCUGCUUCGGCUGCUAUGCACUCCAAUGACCUCUUCCGGUGCUCCAAUGGGGACUGCAGGGGCAGUGCCAGCAGAUGGGGAAGCCUGGCUGCGCCUCCACGUAGGAGCCAGAGAAGGGACAUGCCGCUGCUUCUGGGAGCCGCUUGAG